CCACGGACCAAGACCCGAUCAUCAACAUGGCGCAACCGAUCACGUGCAAGGCUGCUGUCUGCUGGGGCGCGAAGCAAGACUUUGUCAUUGAAGACGUCAUUGUCGGCGCGCCCGCCGCCGGCGAGGUGCGCAUCAAGAUCACGGCCACGGGCGUCUGCCACACGGACGAGUACACGCGGUCCGGCGCGGACCCGGAGGGCAUCUUCCCGUGCAUCAUGGGCCAUGAAGGCGCCGGCAUCGUCGAGAGCGUCGGCGAAGGUGUCACGUCGCUCCAGGUCGGCGACCAUGUCAUUCCGUGCUACACGCCGCAGUGCCGCAACUGCAAGUUCUGCAAGUCGAACAAGACCAACUUGUGCUCGAUCAUUCGCUCGACGCAGGGCAGCGGCCUCAUGCCCAACGGCACGUCGCGCUUCACGUGCAAGCGCAACGGCGAGACCAUCUACCACUUUAUGGGCACGUCGACGUUCUCCGAGUACACGGUGCUGCCCGAGAUCUCGGUCGCCAAGAUUGACAAGACGGCGGCGCUCGAUAAGGUCUGCCUCCUCGGCUGCGGCAUCACGACCGGGUACGGCGCGGCCCUCAACACGAUGAAGGUCGAGAAGGACUCGACGGUCGCUGUCUUUGGCAUGGGCGCGGUCGGCCUCGCCGUCAUCAUGGGCUGCAAGGCCGCGGGCGCGCGCCGCAUCAUUGCCGUCGACAUCAACCCCAAGAAGUUUGACAUUGCGCGCGAGUUUGGCGCGACCGAGUGCGUCAACCCGCGCGACUACACGCAGCCGAUCCAGCAGGUGCUGACCGAGUUGACGGUCGAAGAUGGCUUUGGUGGCCUCGACUACACGUUCGAGUGCAUUGGCCUCGCCGACACGAUGCGCGCGGCCUUGGAGUGCUGCCACAAGGGCUGGGGCCAGAGCUGCAUCAUUGGCGUGGCUGCGUCCGGUGUUGAGAUCGCGACACGCCCGUUCCAGCUCGUGACCGGUCGCCGCUGGGCCGGCUCGGCCUUUGGCGGCUUCAAGUCGCGCGACGGCGUCCCCGCGCUUGUCGACAAGUACCUCAAGCACGAGCUCAAGGUCGACGAGUUCAUUACGCACCACUUUUCGCUCGCCGAGAUCAACGAAGCGUUCCAUGCCAUGCACAGCGGCGACUGCAUCCGCGCCAUCAUCCACUUUGAGUAAGCGAAGCUGCUCGAGCAUCAACUACAAACACGACUUCAUUGAAUCAAUA